CAAUUAACAUCCGCAUGUUUUGAACAGUCCACUCACUCUUUAAUCCACUUUAGCUUCAUCACUUUCAAUCAAUAAUCUUUCUCCAUCUAUUACUGUACUCACAAGCAUCAUCUUCAAUUGCCACUGUACUUUAUUUUGGAGCUAAUUUCAUGGGCGCACUGUAAUAACUGAUAGAAAAAAACAGAUGGGUUCUUUAGAAAACGGGGUUCCAUUGAAAAGAGAGAGUCUUCUACGCUCCUCUUCAGCUGGUAAUAGAUACCCGUUUUUAUUACAAAGACCCAGAUCGAGAUUCUCACGGUUCUUGCUGUUUAAGAAGCUGGAUUAUCUCCAAUGGAUUUGUACUGUUGCUGUUUUUUUGUUCUUUGUUGUUCUUUUUCAGAUGUUUUUACCUGGUUAUGUUGUUGAUAAAUCAGAGGUUUCUUUGAGGAGAAAUGAGGCUGUUUCUGGGGAUUUGUUGUAUUUGAAACUAAUGGGUACUUUGGAUUUUGGUGAAGAUAUAGUGUUUGAGCCUGUUAAGGUUUUAGAGAAAUUUAAGGAAAAUAGAGAGGUGAAUUUAUCUUUGUCUGGAUUUAAUAGAACUCGAGUUCGUUUUGGAUAUAGGAAACCCCAGCUUGCAUUGGUCUUUGCGGAUCUGUUUGCUGAUCCGCAGCAACUGACGAUGGUGACUGUUGCAACUGCAUUGCAAGAGAUUGGUUAUGCAAUUCAGGUUUUUUCAGUCAAGGAUGGUCCCGUGCAUGACAUAUGGAAAAGCAUAGGAGUUCCAGUCACAAUUUUCCAGAAAAAUCACAUGAUGGAGAUUUCUGUUGAUUGGCUAAUUUUUGACGGCAUACUUGUGCACUCACUUGAGGCCAAGGUUAUAUUUUCAUGUUUUAUGCAGGAACCUUUCAAGUCCAUUCCUCUUAUAUGGACCAUCCAUGAAAAUACGCUUGCUGUUCGUUCACGGCAAUACUCUUCAGAUGGGCAAACUGAGCUUUUGAAUGACUGGAAAAGAGUUUUCAACCGUGCUACCGUAGUUGUCUUCCCAAACCAUGCCCUACCGAUGAUGUACUCAGCAUUUGAUUCUGGGAAUUAUUAUGUUGUGCCUGGUUCACCUGGCAACGCAUGGGAAGCAGAUUCUAUGGCAGCAUUAUACAAAGAAAGCAUGCGUCUGAAGAUGGGUUAUGGGCCUGAUGAUAUGGUUAUUGCAAUUGUAGGAAGUCAGUUUCUGUAUAGAGGUCUGUGGCUGGAGCAUGCACUCAUUUUGCAGGCAUUAUCACCACUUCUCCUAGAUCCCUCAUACGAUGAUAAAUCAAAUUCUCAUAUCAAAAUCAUUGUUUUUAGCUGGAAUUCAACAAGUAAUUACAGUGUGGCUGUUGAGGCAAUUGCUAUUAACCUACAUUAUCCAAGAAGUUCUGUUAAGCACAUAGCUGUUGAUGGAAAUGCAGGUAGUUUUCUAGACGCAGCUGAUAUUGUUAUAUACGGAUCCUUCCAUGAGGAGCAAUCAUUUCCAGAAAUUUUGAUGAAAGCCAUGUGCAUCGGGAAACCCAUCAUAGCGCCAGAUCUGUUUAUGAUCAGGAAAUAUGUUGAUGACAGAGUGAACGGCUAUCUUUUUCCUAAGGAGAACAUCCGGGUUCUGACGCAGAUUAUGUCCCAAGUGAUUUCUAACGGAAAACUAUCUCCUUUAGCUCGCAACAUUGCUUCAGUGGGAAAAUUCACUGCUAAAAAUAUGAUGGUUGCAGAAACUGUUGAAGGUUAUGCUUAUCUGCUCGAAAACAUAAUUAAGCUCUCUUCAGAAGUUGCAAUUCCGAAGGCUAUUGUGCAGAUUCCUUCGAAGUUAAUAGAAGAAUGGCGCUGGGAUCUAUUUGAGGCGUUUUCGAAUUCGACCUAUGAAGAUAGCACUUUGAGAAGUUCUAGAUUCUUGACUAAGGUUGAGGAGCAGUGGAACCAUGCCCAAAGAGAAAUCUAUAAUUCUGUAGGUUCCAACGAUGAAUCAUUCUCAUAUGACAUUUGGGAAGAAGAGAAAAACAAUCAGAUACUUUACGCGAGAAAGAGAAGAGAGGAACAAGAGCUAAAAGAUCGAACAGUUCAACCUCAUGGUACAUGGGAGGAAGUAUAUCGAAGUGCCAAAAGGGUCGACCGAUCUAGAAAUGAGUUACAUGAAAGGGAUGAAAGGGAGCUCGAGAGAACAGGUCAACCAUUGUGCAUAUACGAACCAUACCUUGGGGAAGCAACCUGGUCUUUUCUUCACAGUAGUUCACUUUAUCGUGGAAUAGGACUGUCUACAAAAGGUAGAAGACCCAGGAUGGAUGAUGUUGAUGCAUCCUCUCGUCUACCACUUCUUAGCAAUCCAUACUAUCGAGAUGUUCUCGGUGAAUAUGGAGCAUUUUUUGCAAUUGCAUAUAAGAUUGACCCUAUUCACAAAAAUCCUUGGAUAGGGUUUCAAUCUUGGAGGGCAACUGCGAGGAAGACAUCUUUAUCUCGGACUGCUGAAAAGGCGUUAUUAGAUGCAAUCGAAACACGGAGGCACGGGGAUACACUCUACUUUUGGGUUCGCAUGGAUACAGAUCCUAGAAACCAGGUGCAAAAUGAUUUUUGGUCAUUUUGUGAUGCUAUUAAUGCUGGCAAUUGCAAGUGGGCAUUCUCCGAGGCCUUUAAGAUGAUGUAUGGCAUCAAGCAAGAUCUGGAUGCUUUACCACCGAUGCCUAAUGACGGUGACACGUGGUCUGUCAUGCAGAGUUGGGCUCUGCCAACCAGGUCAUUUCAAGAGUUUGUAAUGUUUUCAAGAAUGUUUGUAGAUGCAUUGGAUCAGCAAAUGUAUGAUGUGCACCACCAGAGCGGGCAUUGUUAUCUGAGUUUAUUGAAGGACAAGCAUUGCUACUCACAAGUUCUCGAGCUGCUCGUCAAUGUUUGGGCAUAUCAUAGUGCAAGGCAUAUGGUGUACGUGGACUCCGAGACUGGAAUAAUGCAGGAACAGCACAAGAUGAAGAGUCGGAGGGGAAAGAUGCGGAUCAAAUGGUUCUCAUACGCUACCCUAAAAAGCAUGGAUGAGGACUUGGCGGAAGAGGCAGAUUCUGACAAUCCCAAGAAAAGGUGGUUAUGGCCAUCAACCGGAGAGGUUAUCUGGCAAGGCAUUUUCGAGAAAGAAAGGAUUCUCCGGAAUCAGCAGAAAGAGAAGAGGCGGCAACAAAGUAAAGAUAAACUAAAGAGGAUGAAGGGUAAACAACGGCAGAAGGUAAUCGGGAAAUACGUGAAACCGUCUCCCGAAAACUCGGAAAAUUCAAACUCAACAAUUAUUAAUUCAAAGCUAUUGUAGAUUGAAGUUCAUAUUUUUUUGAGAUUAGUAGCCACUGAAAGUAGGAAUUAAUUUGAUAAUUCUUUUAUUGUUGAUUUCUUCCCUCAAAGUUGUCAUCUUUUGUUGAAGUCGUGUUAAGUACGAGGGAUUUGUAUGUAAACUUACGCAAUGCUAAUAUUGCAGAAUGUCUCAUAGUGUAUACUAAGUUCAUAUUCUCAUCUUUACUAA